AUGGAUUUGGACUUUAGCCAAAAUCAAGGGCUCGUCAAGAGCCCGAAACGAGUGGGACAUGUCGUCUUUAAGACCAACCAGUUUCGUGUAAUGGUAGACUUCUACGUCAGUUUCUUGGGCUGCAUCGUGGCUUUCGAAAAUGAGGCUCUGUCCAUUCUACGCUUCGAUGACGAAGACGAUCACCAUCGUGUUGCGAUUGUUGAGCUUCCCGGCUUGAAGACUGCCGAACUGCAAGCAACAGGCUUGGAACAUGUCGCCUUCUGUUACUCGACACUGGCUGAUCUUCUGUCUACCUACCAGACGCACAAGGCCAAUGGCAUUACGCCUUAUUGGUGUGUCAACCAUGGCCCGACCACAAGUCUUUAUUACAAAGACCCAGACGGCAACGGCGUCGAACUCCUUGUAGACAACUUUGACACAAUUCAAGAAGCAAACGAUUUUAUGGCAUCAUCUCUUUUCGUAGAGAACCCCAUUGGCACCGAGUUUGAUCCGGACGAUGUUGUCAGGAGAUUGGAACAAGGAGAGAGUGAGAGUUCACUGAAGCGAAGGGUCGAGAUAGGACCACGGAAAGCGUUUGGAUGCUGA